AAAUUCUAACGCAGGAAUUCAUCUUCUGUUCUCCUAAAACCCAGAUAUGAAAUAUUCGGUUAUAACAUUUCGAGAUAAAAGGAUUUCAUUUCACCUCUGGUUAUCGGCCGCUGAUCGUCGGCGACAUCCACGGCGCGAUGAAAAUGAACCAUCGUUCACCGGAAGGAAGGAAAUAACAUAAAAAAAAAAAAAAACCGCCGGUAUUCCAGUAAAACCUCCUCCCAUGCUUUCCCACGAGCCCGCCCGUCUCGAGAAAUCUAGGGGCCGAAGUAUCUGACCGCGCUUUCGAACCGAGUCGUACUGUCUGCUUUCUUUUCUUCGUUCAUGAAUCAUGGUAGCUUCCUUUUCUCUGCCCCCUUUUACUUUUCUUCCAGUGAGGGAAACUAAUAACACCAGGUCAAGCAAAGAAUAUCCUUCGGAACCAAGAAAAUGGCGGUUCACCGCGUCCUUAAUCCCCGCUUGACCCUACACAGUCACCGAAACGACCUGACCGUCGCAUUGAUGGCAUCACGUCAAAAGAAUAGAAGAAGAGAGAGGCUUCAUAGUCAUAGAGGGGAAGUGGAAGGUGGGGUUUGUGCUCCGGCUCCGCCACUCCCUGGUCCGAAGUCCAGGGAUCCGAACCUUCUGGUAUAAAACCGCCCCCACCUCCGAUUCCUCUGCACAUCCCAAAUUCGCCAUUGCCCUUUUAGCGAUCGAGUUCUCUCCCUUUCUCAUUCCCUCACCGGAAAACCGCUAAGUGAGGACAAUGGUUUUAUCCAAAACCUUUUCGGAGUCGGACGUCUCCAUCCAUUCUACCUUCGCCUCACGAUAUGUCCGAACAUCGCUGCCGAGGUUCAGGAUGCCGGAGAACUCGAUACCCAAGGAGGCGGCGUACCAGAUAAUCAACGACGAGCUGAUGUUGGACGGGAACCCGAGGCUGAACCUGGCGUCCUUCGUCACCACCUGGAUGGAGCCGGAGUGCGACCGCCUCAUCAUGUCCUCCAUCAACAAGAACUACGUCGACAUGGACGAGUAUCCCGUCACCACUGAGCUUCAGAACCGGUGCGUGAACAUGAUCGCGCAUCUCUUCCACGCGCCGCUGGGGGAGUCGGAGGCAGCGGUGGGAGUGGGGACGGUGGGCUCGUCGGAGGCCAUCAUGUUGGCCGGCUUGGCGUUCAAGAGGAAGUGGCAGAACAAGAGGAAGGCGGAGGGGAAGCCCACCGACCGUCCCAACAUCGUCACCGGCGCCAACGUACAGGUGUGCUGGGAGAAAUUCGCCCGCUACUUCGAGGUGGAGCUGAAGGAGGUGAAGCUGAGUGAAGACUGCUAUGUCAUGGACCCCCACAAAGCGGUGGAGAUGGUGGACGAGAACACCAUAUGCGUCGCCGCCAUCCUCGGCUCCACACUCAACGGCGAGUUCGAAGACGUCAAGCUCCUGAACGACCUGCUCGCCGAGAAGAACAAGCUCACUGGGUGGGAUACGCCCAUCCAUGUGGACGCAGCCAGCGGUGGCUUCAUUGCACCGUUCAUCUACCCGGAGCUGGAGUGGGACUUCCGGCUGCCCUUGGUGAAGAGCAUCAAUGUUAGCGGCCACAAGUAUGGUCUCGUCUAUGCCGGCAUCGGCUGGGUCAUCUGGAGGGGGAAGGAGGACCUGCCCGAGGAACUCGUCUUCCACAUCAACUACCUGGGUGCCGACCAACCCACCUUCACUCUCAAUUUCUCUAAGGGAUCGAGUCAGGUGAUUGCUCAGUAUUACCAGCUUAUUCGUCUUGGUUUUGAGGGGUACCAGAACGUGAUGGAGAACUGCCGGGAGAACGCGGUGGUGCUGAAGGAAGGUCUGGAGAGGACGGGGCGCUUCAAGAUGGUGUCCAAGGACAUGGGUGUGCCGCUGGUGGCCUUCUCCCUCAAGGACAGCAGCAGGCACGACGAGUUCGAGGUGUCCGAGUACCUCCGCCGCUUCGGCUGGAUCGUGCCGGCCUACACCAUGCCGGCCGACGCGCAGCACGUCACGGUGCUGCGCGUCGUCGUCAGGGAGGACUUCAGCCGCACCCUGGCGGAGCGCCUCGUCAUGGACAUCGAGAAGGUGCUCCACGAGCUGGACGCUCUGCCGCCCUCUAAGCCCAUCGCUACUGCCGUCACCGGGGUCGACUUCCAAGAGAAGAAGAAGAAGCUCGACGGCAGUAACUGUAAUGGCAAGGUCCUGGUCAGGAAGAAGUCGGACUUGGAGACUCAGAGGGAGAUUACUGACGUCUGGAAGAAGUUCGUCAUGCAGAGGAAGAUAGCCAACGGCGUUUGCUAGCCGAUCUGUCCAUGCCCCUUCCCUUGCCUUCACCCAUCGGAUUCAUCUUUACUUUUUUUCGCCUUUUUGUUUUCUGUUUUCGCCAACUCCCGGUGUCAAAAUUUUGCCGUCAGUCUCGGUUCUGGUUCUUCCUCUUUUUCUCUUAUUUGAUUUACCGUCAAUAUCUAUGUGAAAAAAAAAAAUAUGUAUUCUUGGGGGAACGGGUCAACAUACCAGUAUUUAAUCAUUGGAACUUGUUGGCAAUCAGAAUGUCAUAUGUAAUUGAUCAAUUGAAUACGAUUCAUAUUCUCUGU